AUGACUGAAGGCACCGAGUUGUCCUUGACUAUUGCAGAAAUUGUGCAACGCCUGAAAGGAAGUCAUUUACACUCGCAGAUAGAGCGACAAGCCAAAGAAUGUUUACACCGACCUGAAAUAAAACUGGAGUCACUUAAAGACGACGUACGCAAUUUCCUGAAAACAACAGGCUGGGAAAGAAGACUUCAGAAUGCAGUGUACAGGGAGCUCCACGUGCAGCAGCCCCCCUGUCACCCUGCAGCCCCCCCAGACCACCUGAAAGAGCCACUGGCCUACAUGCGCAAGGCCCAGGCCAGCUGGGAGAAACGUGUCUUCAAAAGCCUCAACAGUAUGAGCACCGAGCUGGGAGUACCACUGGCUCGAAUGAGGCCUGCAGUGGAGCAGAAGGAGCUGACCAACAAAUGGAACGAGAUGGGCACAGAUGAACCAGAUUUGAGUCGCUUCAGACCUGUCUAUGCUCCCAAAGACUUUCUGGAGGUGGUGGUCAGCCUGAGAAAUCCCAACCAUGACAGCAGUGAGGGGGUGAAUGUGAGGAGCCACUGGGGUCUGAUCCAGGUGCCCCUCAAUGUCCGGAACGUCCCCAAGCUGAGACUGGCCUUUUCAGAACUGAACCUGAACUCCGGUCAGUUGGGGAUCGAUGAUCACGCUCACAUUCACCCAGACAUGUUUGAGAACGAAUAUGUUCGAAUUGGGAAGAAAGUCGUGGAGGAGCAGGACAGUGCAGCAGCGCAGCAGUACAGCAGGAAGGGAUGUCCCACUGGGCUCCGAGCAGACCUGUGGGCCCUCAUCCUCAACUGCACAAACCAACCACAGGAUGUGAUGUACUAUGAGCAGCUGAAGGCUGGAGUCAUCCAUCAUGACCUGUUGGUGGACAACCUCAUCUACAAGGAUGUCAAACUCACAGCCAGCAAUGAUGACUACUACUUUGUCUUUGAGGACUUCCUGUAUCAGGUUUUGCUGUGUUUUUCUCGUGACACUGCUGUCUUGGAUCACUUUAAGUAUAACAGUGCCACUCCGCCCAGAUCCUAUCUUGAAGGGAAAAUGGGAGUAGAAGAGUGUGUUGUGAUUUAUCCUCCCAAUGGUGUAAUCCCCUUUCACGGCUUCUCAAUGUAUGUGGCGCCUUUGUGUUACUUAUACAAUGAGCCAUCCAAACUCUACAGCUUGUUCAGAGAGAUGUACACCCGGUACUUCUUCAGACUACACUCCAUAUCCUCGUCACCCUCGGGUAUUGUGUCUUUGUGCCUACAAUUUGAGCGGCUGCUUCAGGCCCAUUUGCCACAACUCUUUUACCAUCUUCGGCAGAUCGAAGCACAGCCAUUACGCAUAGCCUUCAAGUGGAUGGUGCGGGCCUUUUCGGGAUACCUCUCCACGGAUCAGCUCCUGCUCCUCUGGGACCGCAUUCUGGGAUAUGAUUCCUUGGAAAUAGUGGCCGUCUUGGCAGCUGCCGUGUUCGCCUUCCGAGCCGAGAACUUGAUGGAAGUGACGUCGCUGGCAUCGGCCGAGGCUGUCCUCGCUGAUCUUUCCACGCUGAAGGUCAUGCCACUCAUCCAGAUCUUUCUAUUUGCUACUGCAAUCUGA